CAUGAAGCCAAGAGUGAAGAGUAAUAUUGGCAGAUAGUGACUCAUCAUGUGAUGAUGCCAUAUCCCUACAAGAUGGAUGAUUCUGAAAAUGAGUUCGAGCUGUCGAGGUCACAGUGGCGGAUUUGCCGGUGAGGCAAGGGAGGCGACGCCUCACCUUGCAUAAAUAUUUAAAAAAAUACGAUUAUAUAGUAGCAUUCCUUUAAAAAAUGAAAAUCAAUUAAUAUUUAAAACCUUUUAAAAUUAAUUUCGGUAAAAUAGUAGUAUAUAAAUCCGGUAAAACCUAUUGGUCAGCGGUACCUUCCCGUCGCCUCAACAUUUAACUUUAUGAACGUGCUCUUUGAGCUAUACCCGCCCGAGCAAUCAUAAAAUAUCGCCACCGAAUGGUCCGAUUGAGGCGAUCUUCGCUGUCGCCGUAUGAAAAACCGAAAGAUACCCGGUACGGAACGAUUUCAAAGUUGGAAAAGCCCGCUGGCAGUCAAGUGGCGGGCGGAGAACAGCACGUUAUUAGCAGCCUAGAAAAUAGAAAAAUAAGGAAAAAAUAAAUGAAUUAUUUGUUUUUGUACUGUUUGUAGUGUUAAGUGUUUGUGAUUUAGACUUUACAAAACAUUUGUAAUUAAUUAUCAAAAAUUAUGGCUGUGUUUGGCCCGGAAUAUGACCCAUUACUUUGUUUGCUGGAAAUUCCGUUUUCCAGAAGAACGGAAAAUGAAAAAGAGAGAUUCUUACUAUUGGUAGACCUCAGCCAUCUUUAUGCAAUUUAAAAGAAGAUAAAAGAUCAGGCUCAAAGUAUUUUCGUUCCUUUCAAUCAUCUUGGUACAAUACCCAUCUUUGGUUGUGUGGGAGUUUAUAUGCUCAAAAAUUAUUUUGUUGGCCAUGUGUUCUUCUUUCACAUGUAAAGUCUGUCUGGGUCAAAGAAGGAUACUAUGACCUUAAAAAUUUGCAACGGUCAGCAAAAAAGCAUGCGGAAUCAGGCAAUCAUUUAACAUCAUUUAUGAAUUUAAAAAGACUAGAAAAAAACAUAUCAACAAUAAAAGAUUUACUACAGGAAAAUGUCUCACAUUGUAAAAACAUAUACAAUGAGAAAGUUAGAAAAAAAGAAUGUUACUUAGUAACCUAAUUGAUACCACUAUACUCCUAGCAAAACAAGAACUGUCAUUUUGUGGUCAUCGAGAGGCUGAAGGUUCGGAAAAUAGGGGAAACUUUAUUGAAGUUUUUAAUUCCAAAAUAAAAUAUAAUGAAGAACUACGAAAUCAUAUUAAAAAGCUUGGAAAAUCAUUUUGUUCUAAAACCAUUCAAAAUGAUUUAAUUUUUUGCAUCAGUGAAGUAAUUAAAGAAGAGAUUAAUCAGCAACUUAAAGACACGGAGUUUUUUGCCGUAAUUGUAGAUGAUACCACCGACAUUACUGAAAAAUCUCAGUGUGCAGUGUCACUAAGAUAUGUAGAGAAAAAAUCUCUGAAUAUUUAUGAACGAUUUUUGGGUUUUUAUGAUGUGAGUGAUGACCGAACUUCAGAAGCCUUAUACACAUUAGUUGCCAGCGUUUUAUCUCCAUUUAAUUACAGAGAAAAGCUCGUGGCACAGUGCUAUGAUGGAGCAAGUGUCAUGGCUGGUCACAUUAACGGUUUGCAAAUGAAAAUUAAAAAUGAUGCUCCUGAAGCAACUUUUAUUCACUGUUCAGCCCAUAAACUAAAUUUGGUACUUCAAGACGGAUGCAAAUCUAUUAAGGAAUGUCCAAUAUUUUUUGCUACUUUAUCUGGAAUCCCUAAUUUCUUUCAUCAGUCGGCCAAACGAACAGUGGUUGCAGACAACCUGAUUGGUAAACGAAUCCCGUCCUUUUGCGAAACCAGAUGGGCAUCCAGAUCCAAGAUUGUUUUGCUACUAACAAAUGAAUACCUCAACUUUAUCUCCGUGUUUGAAAAUAUUAUGAAUGAUCGAUCUUCAGGUAUGGUCUCUAUUAAUAGUGCUAAAGGAUUUCUAAAAUCUUUUUUAGAAUUUGAAUUUGUAUUUCUUUUAAAUGUGUUUAGCGAAAUUUUCUUAAAAACAGAUUUUCUUUAUGACAUUUUACAAAAAAAAACAUUUGAUGUUGUCCUAUGCAAAAAAUAUGUUGAUACAUGUAUUACGCAAUUAGGCGAAUUAAGGACGGAUGAUAUUUCUUAUAAUUUAAAAACAAAAUCAGCUAAUUUAGUUAAUAAUGCCAAACAAACCAUCAGUUUUUCAUCCACGGAGUUGAAAAAUGUACCGCCAUCAAACAUAAUAAAUUACGACGAAACAAAUUUAACUGACGAUCCGGGUAGAAAGUAA